UCUUAACAAACAUUCACAACUCAGUCUCAACCUCGUCGUCUUCUUCAACAUUCUCACCAACCAUACACACACCACAAUCCAGACCCAUGUCUCUCUCUCCUCCUCCUCCUUCGUCCUUGUUGUUUCUAUUCGUUUGUCUCUUCCUUCUCUCCAUUUUCACAGAGCCUCUCUGCUCCUCCCAAUCACUGACCAACUCUUCCUCCUCCGGCCAUCCCCGCCGUCGUAGUAGUAAUCAUCGCCAGCUCUCAGUCGACUACUACUCCAAGUCCUGCCCUGACAUUGAAAACCUCGUCGGCGCCGUCACCUCUCAGCAGUUCAAGCUCACUCCGGUCUCUGCUCCGGCCACCAUCAACCUCUUCUUCCAUGACUGCUUCGUGGAGGGUUGUGAUGCGUCGAUAUUGGUGGCGUCGAAGGGCGGAGGGAAGGCGGAGAAGGAGGCGGAGCAGAACAGAGAUCUGAGAGAAGAAGGGUUCGAGACAGUGAGGAAGGCGAAGGAAUUAGUGGAGAGUAAGUGCCCAGGCGUUGUGUCUUGUGCUGAUAUUCUUGCCAUCGCUGCCAGAGAUUUUGUUCAUUUGGCAGGAGGGCCAUAUUACCAAGUAAAAAAGGGUCGAUGGGAUGGAAAAAUAUCAAUGGCUUCAAGGGUUGGAAACAAUCUUCCUCAUGCUAAUUCCACCGUUGAUCAACUAAUCAAGCUCUUCACCUCCAAAGGCCUAACCCUAGAAGAGAUGGUUGCUCUCUCGGGUGCCCACACGAUUGGGUUUGCCCAUUGUAACCACUUCGUGACCCGGCUCUAUAACUACCAGGCCAGGGGCCAACCCGACCCAAACAUGGAUCCGAAACUCAUGUAUGCAUUGAGGAUGUAUUGCCCCAGCUAUGGAGGUUCAGAUGCUGUGGUUCCUUUUGAUGCCACUACUCCAUUCCUGUUCGACCAUGCCUACUAUGGGAACUUGCAGAAGAAGAUGGGCUUGCUAGCCUCAGAUCAAGCUUUGUUUUCAGAUCCGAGAACGAAGCUGUUGGUCGAAGCUUUGGCAAAAGAUAAGCAGAAGUUUUUCCAAGCUUUUGCGAGUGCAAUGGAGAGAAUGAGUUUAGUGAAGGUGAAGAGAGGGAAAAAGCAUGGAGAGAAGAGGAGAGAUUGUAGUAUACAUGUUUGACUAUAAUUCAAUGUAGUACGUACACAUGAAAAGAGCGAAGUUGUUCUCUGCUUUGCGUUCAUAUAUUAAGGAUUUUGUUUCU